AUGCAGCCCAUGUCUUGCAACUGUGGUGAAACAAUCGUAGAAGCCCGCGCGAAUGGCUGCGUGUACGAUUCACUUGCCGCCGCCUGGCUUCCACCACACUGUCGGUCUCCUGAGUUAACGGCAGAGUUCGAGUCUCUGGGCCCAAACGAACCCGACACAACAGGCAACACCUGGGGUUACUGGCAUGACAAGAACCAGACGCAUCCCAUGACACUGGAGGAAGUGAGCCAAUUACCAGAGGCGGCCCGCCAUGGUCAAUAUGCUCGAUUCUUUACCACGCACCAAUGGCAUCUCGUGCAUUGCGUGUUCUACUGGCGCAAGAUGUGGGAGGCAGCGCGCUGUUCUCGGGGAGUCGCGGGCGCAUCUUGCGGCAAGGACGGCAUGCUUGUCAUUGAGAAACGCUACGACACUCUCAUGCACAUCAAUCAUUGCAUGACCAUGUUCUUGAUGAGGGAUCCUCUCGAUCACAUUGCCGCCGAGGCUGGUGUCGCGCUUCACUCCGAUGAGCUUCACAUCGCGAAGCCUCAUAAACACCAAGAUCAGAGUAUCACGGCCGAGAAGACGGGCGCGAAGCACAAAAGCGCGAGCUCGAGUACAUUCAAAGACCCUUACGGCGAGACAAAAGAGAGCCAUCAGCACGGAAAGAGCGAUCCAUACGAUGACUAG